AUGAGAAUCGGCUCGUGGUACUGCAUGAACGGGCUCACCUGGGUGUUUGGCAGCCUCAUCACCUACGGGCUCGCCAAGAUUGACUCCCACAUGAAGCCCUACCAGAUCAUCUUUCUCUUCUUCGGCCUCGUCACCGUCGCCGUCGCCGUCGUCAUGUUCUUCCGCAUGCCCGACUCCCCCACCGAGGCCAAGUUCCUGAGCGACGACGACAAGGUGCUCGCCAUCGAGCGCCUGCGCGGCAACCAGAUGGGCGUCAUGUCGCGCCAGUGGCGGUCGGCGCACUUUUUCGAGGCCCUCGGCGAUCCCAAGACCUGGCUCUGGUUCGUCCUCAUCUUCUGCGUCUCCGUCCCGUCCAACGGCAUCUCGACCUACGGCCCGCUCAUCGUCAACUCCUUCGUCUCCGACCCCUUCCACGCCAUGCUCUUCAACGUCCCCGUCGGCCUGUCCCACGUCGUCGCCGUCUCCUCGAGCGCCUUCCUCGCCAUGAAGUGGAAGCGAAAGGGUCCCGUCAUCGUCCUGCUCUGCGUUCCGCCCAUAAUCGGCCUCGCCAUCCUCCUGCGCUUCCCCCACGACGACCCCUCGUGCAGGCCCGUCCUGCUGGCCGGCUACUUUUGCCUGUCCACCUUUACCGGCAUCACGCCCCUCAUCUAUUCCUGGUCGUCGCAGAACACGGCGGGCGACACGAAGCGCAAGACGACGUCGGCCCUCGUCUUCGUCGGCGCGUCGGCCGGAAAUGUCGUCGGGCCCCUGCUCUUCCGUCCCGACGACGCCCCGGCCUACGCGCGAGGGACGAGCGUCAACCUCGUCCUCUUCGUCGUCGCCAUGGUCCUCGUCGCCGUCACCUCGCUCCACCUCGGACGGCUGAACCGCCGUCACGGUCGGCGCCGGGUCCUCGCCGGCAAGGAUGCCGUCGUCGCCGACGUGAGCCUGGAGACGGCCGAGGAGGCCGAGAGGAUGGAGACGCUUCGGCAAAGGCAGCGGCCGCCUGUGCAGCGCGACCAACCCGGCGGGCUCGACGGGAACGGUGACCAUCGGCCGCCCUGCAGCGGCGCGAGCAAGGCGAGCAAAUCAUUCACGGACGCCACCGACCUGGAGAAUGAAGAUUUCAUUUUCGUCUACUAA